UUGGUUUCCCCGUCCCCGCACUUGCCGUAUUCAAGUUCAGAGGGGUUCGGAUUCGGGCCACGGGUCGGGCUUGUGUCGUAGAGUCCCGGGUCGGGUUCGAAUCUGGCCUUUGACCGUUAGCGCAUACAGAGAGUCGUUUUUCUCGUCCAUGGUGGAUUAGUCCUCUCUCUCUCUCUCUCUCUCUCUCUCCUGCGCUGGAGCUGGCGCUUACUCUGGUUGAAGGAAAAUGGGGAAGCUUGGAGGGAUCGCGACCGUCGCUCUAGUGGUCGGGAUAGUGACAAUGGUUUGGAAGAAGCAGACGUACGGAUGGGAUAAAGACGCGGUAGUGCAGGUCUUCCGAGGACUGUCGGAGAGAUUAGGGUUUUGGGCGAUGCCUUUGUACGUCCUCAUCCACACCUUAACUCUCGCUCUUUGCUUGCCCUAUGCCGUUUUCUUCGAGGCCGGAGCAUCUCUCCUCUUCGGAUUCUUCCCCGCCAUCAUUUGCGUUUUCUCCGCCAAGAUCCUUGGUGCUUCUCUCUCCUUCUGGGUUGGAAGGGCCAUUUUCAGGAGUUCAAGCACAGCAAUGGAGUGGGCUCAGAGCAGCAAGUACUUCAAUCUCCUCUCAAGAGGACUCGAACGAGAUGGCUGGAGAUUUGUCCUUCUUGCUCGUUUCUCACCUAUGCCCUCAUAUGUCAUCAACUAUGCUUUAGCUGCUACUAAAGUUGGAUUCCUCGUAGAUUUUCUGCUCCCAACUGUUAUUGGCUGCCUCCCUAUGAUCCUACAAAAUACAUCUAUCGGUAGCCUUGCUGGUGUGGCAGUCUCUAGCGCCACUGGUUCUCAGAAAUCACGUGUCCUCUCUUACCUCUUUCCCCUACUUGGAAUUGUAUCCAGUGUUCUCAUCUCCUUGAGGAUCAAGAAGUACUCAUCAGAUAUUUCAGUGUCUGGGGAAUUGAAAUCCACACAGCCUUCCGGUGAGAAUAUUCCUGACUGUAGUAGCACGAUAGACGCAUCUCGAACUUCACUUGCUAGAAGCGGACUCGAGAAAAGACAUUAAUUUUCUCACUCCCAUCUUCAUUCUGACAUAAAUGUCCAACUGCCUCGCGCAAAUCAAGAAGUACACAGUCAGAUAUUUCAGCGUCUGAGGAAUUGAAAUCCACAAGGCCUUCCAGUGAGAAUAUUCCCAACUGUAGCAACACAAUAGACUCAUCUUGAACUUCACUUGCUAGAAGUGGACUCGAGAAAAGACGUUAAUUUUCCAACUCCAUAUUCAUUCUGACAUAAAUGGUCAUCUGCCUUGUGCAAAUCAAUUAUAUUCGCCAACAUUAACAUAUUUCUUGUGUUAAUGGGCGCAUAUCCCCCUUGUGUUUCAAUUUUGAUGUCUUUGCUUUUACAAACAUGUCUUGAGUACUCUUAUAACCUACACACAUUCCCACUCUCCUUUCUAGAAUUAUUUAUAUACACCUAAUGGAAGGUAAUAUUACAGUCAA